AUGUCAUUUGAAUAUUUAUCUGAUAUUUGUGAAAACUUAUUUAAAAACAAAAAAGAAAUUGUAUUAGAUAUCAUUCAAAAAAAUUUGAAUACACAAGAUAUUUUUUACAAAGAACGAUUGGAUGUUGUUUGUAAUCAUUUACUUAAACGAUUUGAAAACGAAGAAAAAUAUAAUGAAAAUUCUGAAGAUCUUGAAUUCUUAAGAUAUUUAUCUAGAAGUGUAAAUAAAAAAUACAAUUUUGCAUAUUUACAUUUUAGUGAAUAUACAGGAGAUAUAACAGAAACAAUUUUGAUAGAAAUGUUUU